AGAUUCCAAGUCUAGGUUGCACGUGUUCCAUCCCUGUGGCUCGAGCUGACAAAAGAUAUUUUGAAGUGGAUCGUGAAGGUGGGGAUAAGUGGGGUCUAGUGGCCAACAUAUCUGUGGACAGUGGGUGUAAGAUCAUCACACUCAGCUCCUGUGUGCAGGUGACCAACCAUUUGGAUGUAACUGUGGAUGUGUACUACAUGACACAGAGAGGAAAUGAAGUAGAGUUCAUCUUAUCACUUGAACAAGAAGAGAGUGCAAUGUUACCACUCUAUGCUGUGCACACACCAACUGCUGAGCUCUUUUUCUCUGUUAAAGGGCACUCAGUAUGCAUUGUACCGUUUAUAUGGCGUAGACUCCAGAAUGACCCCGGCCAAGUCCAAGAGCUCCAGUGUCUGCCCAGAGAUGUCAAUGAGAUGCAUGCCACACCUUUCCUCAUUGCUGCAACAGGAGAUGUGGAGCAAAUUCUUUGGAAUAAUACAUGUCGACGCACCAUGAAGAGUGCACUCUACAAGGUUCAGCUACGUCCUUGCCUGGUACUGCACAACCUCCUCCCAGUACCCAUCUCACUAGAACCUCCUGGAACCAUGUGCUCUAGAGUCCUAAUGCCAGGUUCAUCACUUCAGCUGACAAAGGCUCGGCUGGGCUCCAUGUACUUGGAACUGCAGCUACUGGAUUACCAGUCCCGUGACUGGGUGUGUGGUAAGGCUAUUGAAUCUAACCCCUCGGAGUUGAGCGUGUGGACGUUUGAAUCUAGGGGAGACAUCAUGGGUGGACCUAUUUACUUGGACCUUGGUAUGCUUGUUGCAAAGUCAGAGGCAAGCCUCUCACUCAGUCUUUACUGCCCCUUCUGGAUGGUUAACAAGACUGGACUUAUGUUAACAUAUCGGAAGUCUCGUAAAAUAGAGCGAACGUCUUCCACUUCAUCUACGGACUCUCCCAGUAGUCCUCUCAAGGUACUUUGGCUAGUCAGUGGUCUGCUGCUCUUUGACUUGUGUUAUCUCAGUUCUCAUUUUUUUCUGAACUAGUUGCUUAAAUUGCAC